AUGUUGAGGUCCGUUGUUACUCGUUCUCGUGUUUCUGGUUUAAGAUCGGCAAACCUUUUGCGCCGUUGUUACUCUUCUCAUAAGGAAGUAAAGUUUGGUGUCGAUGCUAGAGCUUCUUUGUUGAGAGGUGUGGAGACUUUGGCUGAUGCUGUGCAGGCUACUCUAGGUCCAAAGGGUAGAAACGUGCUAAUUGAACAACCAUUUGGUGCUCCAAAGAUCACCAAGGAUGGUGUUACUGUUGCUAAGUCUAUUGUUCUAGAGGACAAAUUCGAAAACAUGGGUGCGAAGUUGUUGCAAGAAGUUGCUUCAAAGACCAAUGAAGCUGCUGGUGAUGGUACCACUUCUGCUACUGUUUUAGGUAGAGCCAUCUUUACCGAGUCGGUGAAGAACGUGGCUGCAGGUUGUAACCCAAUGGACUUGAGAAGAGGUUCUCAAGCUGCUGUUGAGAAGGUCAUUGAAUUCUUGAGUCAAAAUAAGAAAGAAAUUACUACCUCUGAAGAGAUUGCUCAAGUGGCUACUAUCUCUGCUAACGGUGAUGCUCACGUUGGUAAGCUAUUAGCCUCCGCUAUGGAGAAAGUCGGUAAGGAAGGUGUUAUUACCAUUAGGGAAGGCAGAACUUUGGAGGACGAAUUGGAAGUCACCGAAGGUAUGAGAUUCGAUCGUGGUUUCAUCUCUCCAUACUUUAUCACCGAUCCAAAAUCUGGUAAAGUUGAAUUUGAAAAGCCAUUGAUCUUGAUUAGCGAAAAGAAGAUUUCUUCCAUUCAGGAUAUCUUGCCAGCUUUGGAAAUUUCCAACCAGUCUAGAAGACCACUUUUGAUCCUUGCUGAGGACGUUGAUGGUGAAGCUCUUGCUGCUUGUAUCCUUAACAAAUUGAGAGGUCAAGUCAAGGUUUGUGCCGUUAAGGCCCCAGGUUUCGGUGACAACAGAAAGAAUACUUUGGGUGAUAUUGCUGUUUUGACCGGAGGUACUGUCUUCACUGAAGAGCUGGACCUAAAACCAGAACAAUGCACAAUCGAGCAACUAGGCUCUUGUGAUUCUAUCACCAUUACUAAGGAAGACACCGUUGUAUUGAACGGUAACGGUUCUAAGGAUGCUCUUGAGACCAGAGUGGAACAAAUCAAGAACUCUAUAGAUCUAACCACCACAAACUCUUAUGAAAAGGAGAAGCUACAAGAACGUCUAGCUAAACUUUCCGGUGGUGUUGCCGUCAUUAGAGUCGGCGGUGCUUCUGAAGUGGAAGUUGGUGAAAAGAAGGAUCGUUACGACGAUGCUUUGAACGCUACCAGAGCCGCUGUUGAAGAAGGUAUCCUCCCAGGUGGUGGUACCGCUUUGGCCAAGGCUACUCGUGUCUUGGACGAAGUCAAGGUCGACAACUUUGACCAAAAACUAGGUGUGGAUAUUAUCAGAAAGGCUAUCUCUAGACCAGCUAGACAAAUCAUCGAGAACGCCGGUGAAGAAGGUUCCGUUAUUGUUGGUAAAAUGGUUGAUGAGUAUGGUAGUGAUUUCGCCAAGGGUUACGACUCUUCGAAGAGCGAAUUUACCGAUAUGUUAGCUGCUGGUAUCAUCGAUCCUUUCAAGGUCGUGAGAUCCGGUUUGGUUGAUGCUUCUGGUGUUGCAUCAUUGCUAGCAACCACUGAAGUCGCCAUUGUCGAUGCUCCACAACCACCAUCUCCAGGUGGCGCCGGUAUUCCAGGUGGUAUGCCAGGUAUGCCAGGCAUGAUGUAG